GUGGAUUGGCUGUUCUUUGUUUGGGGUCGUAUACCAUAUUUGAUUGGCUAUCCAUGCUGUCACUGAAGUGCGCUAUUCAUAGUUGGAUGACGCGCCCACUAGUUAGGAUUCGCUGUGUGUGAAACAAGUGUUGAUGCAGGUGUGAAUGUGUUUACUUCGUUCUGCUUUUAUUACUGUGUAAGAUGCACUUCGAAAACGCCAUAUACAUUCUGAAAGACUAUGACAUGCACAGUAUUUUUUUCGGUCAUGGGAAACUAUAUAUCGCCGUGAUGAUUUGUUAUGGGUAGAGAGCCCCAACAACGUGCGGUUUAUCUUCGAUGUCUCACGGCAUUGUUCCGUCUUGACCAGGCAUGCAAGGUCCCCUGAGAAGAAUAUUGAGUUACUGUGUACGCUUGGGCGGUGACCACUAAUUUUAGAAUUUAAGAACUGGGAGGAAACGUGUGAAGUUAAUUAAAAUGGAUAUUACCGUGUCAGAGUUGUUGGAAAACUUCAUGGACACCUCGCUCGUGGUGUGGGUGAAGACCUUUGGACCACUGGGCUCUGGCUCAGAGGACAAGCUCUCUAUGUUUAUGGAUCUGGUGGAUGGGGUCUUCCUGCACAAAAUCAUGACACACAUAGACCCCAGCCCCACCAACCAGAGAGUGAAUAAGAAUGUGAACAAUGAUGUGAACCUACGAAUCCAGAACCUCAACAUUGUAAUCAGGCACGUCAAGAACUACUACCAGGACAGUCUCCAGCAGCUCAUCCUGAUGACCCUGCCUAAUGUGCUGACCAUGGCUAAGGACCCCCUCUCAGGCAAGAGCAUGGAAGAGGUGAAGAGACUGCUGCUGUUGAUCCUAGGCUGUGCUGUGCAGUGUGAGAGGAAAGAAGAGAUAAUUGAGAAGAUCAAACUGCUCGACAUUGAGAGGCAGGCAGCCAUCGUCUCCCACAUUCAAGAGGUGACCCAAAACCAGGAGAAUGUGUUGGACUUGCAGUGGCUGGAGCUGCCAGAUAUGCCCACUGAGGAGCUGGACCCCCUGUCCAGAAACAUGGCCCUGCACCUCCGCAAACUCAUAGAUGAAAGAGAUGAAUGUGCAGAGGCGAUCGUGGAGCUGACCCAGGAGAGGGACUACCUCCAGUCCCAGCAGCCCUCUAACCACCUGGGUUACCCCAACCCUGAGAGGACCGACCUGGGCCUGGGCGGACCUAUCUGCCGGCUGUCCAAAGAGGACCGGCAGCAUCUGGCUGUGGAGCUGGCUGACACUAAAGCCAAACUGAGACGCUCGCGACAGGAACUGGAGGAGAAGACUGAGCAGCUGAUGGAUAACAAACAUGAGGUGGAGAGGCUGGAUCUAGAGAUGCAGAAAAUCAAGCAGGAGAACAUGCAGUUACUUGCAGAGGCGAGGUCGGUGCGUGCGUACAGGGAUGAAGUGGACGCUCUGAGGGAGAAGGCAGCCAAGGUGGACAGACUGGACACAGAGUUGAGCCGCUGCAAGGAGAGGCUACACGACGUCCACUUCUACAAGACACGAGUCGAGGAGCUGAGAGAAGAUAACGCCACUCUGAUGGAAACCAAAACCCUGCUGGAGGAGCAGCUGGCAGCCUCCAGGAGGCGUUGUGACAAACUACAUGAGCUGGAGAAGGAGAACCUGCAGCUACGCUCCAAACUACACGACGUGGAGAUGGACCGAGACAUAGAUAAGAAGCACCUGGAGGGGUUGAUAGAGGAGAACAUGCUGCUGGAGAUCUCUCAGAAACAGAGCAUGAACGAGUCUGCCCACCUGGGCUGGGAACUGGAGCAGCUGGCCAAAAACAACGACGACAACGACAUGCACAAGUCGUUUGUGUUUGAGCUGAACGAGUCUGCGUCGAGCCGUCUGCUGAAGCUGGAGAAGGUGAACCAGGGUCUGCAGAGCACCAUCCAGGAGCUCAGAGAGGCUUCACUAAGUCUGGAGAAGGACCAGCUAAACACCAUGGAGUUGGAGAGAGAGAACCAGGGCCUCAGCAAAAAGCUGGAGCUUAUGCAGACCCUGCUGGACCAGGAGAAGCAGACCACCCAGGACAUGGAGUGUCUGGAAGAAGACCUGCUCAAAGACGAGCAGAAACUGGAGAAGACUCUGGAGAGACUACAGGCAGACAAGAACAGACAGGCGCAAAGUAUCUCAGAGCUGGAGCAGGAGAAGGAGCACCUGAGUCAGGCGGUGAGUUCCCUGCGUCAGCACGCCCAGGUUGACAGCGAGGCCCGAUUCAGGGAGGUGGAGACAGAGAACCGCGUCCUCCACCAGACCAUCACCAACACCGGAACCAAGCUGGCCCGGCUAGAAGCCCAGAGCAAGCAGGCCACCAAGGAGCUGGAGACACUGAGGGAGAGGGGGGAGGAGCUGGAGAGGGAGACAACACAUCUGGAGAGGAGCAAGGAGCAGCUGCAGAGGGAGGUGGCCUCCCUGAAGAUCACAUGUGACCGGGCUGAGGCCCUGGAGAGAGACAACACCAGCCUGGAGCAGGACAACCGGAGGCUGAAGAAGCAGGUGGAUACAACCCAGAACGUGAGCCUGCGCCUGGCCACGCUGGAGAAUGACCACUGCCUCUUGGACGAGGAGAACCUGGAGCUCCGCCGCACCGUGGAGUCCCUCCGGCCAGCUGCCGUUCGCCUGGCCCAGCUCCAGCAGGAGAACAGGGAGCUGGAGAGGGAGAGGGAGGAUCUGACCCGCUCUGUGGAGGAGCUGCUGUCCCAGAGGAAGAGGGCGGAGCGGCUGGAGCUGAGCAUCGGCAGCCUGGGCCAGGAAAACCAGAGGUUACAGCAGAGCCUGGAGAACAGUUCCACUAAGAUCCAGGGGCUGGUGAAGGAGCUGAGGCAGGCGGAGACUGAGACCGGGGUUCUGAGACGGGAGCUGGAAGAGGUGCGCCUGGCGGGGAAAUGCCUGGAGGUGGUGGAGAAGGAGAAGAGGGGGCUGGAACAGGAGCUGGGCCAGUCAGAGAAGGAGAGGAAGCAGCUGGAGAAGGAGGCGCAACGUUUAUGGCAGCAGCUGGAAGUGAAGGAAGAGGUGCUGGAGGAGAGUGCUCUAAAGCUGGCCUCAUUAGAGAAGGAGGGCAUCACUAAGGAGAAGGAGCUGGAAAGGUUAAAGGAGGUGGCUGGGAUGGUCAAAGAGCUGGCGAUUCAGAACAAGGAGCUGCAGAAACAGGCCACCAUCGACAAGAGGACCCUGGCCACACUCCGAGAGGACCUGGUGAAUGAGAAGCUGAAGGUGCAGCAGCAGUGGAACGAGUUGGAGAUACUGAGCCACGAGCUGGAGAAGAUUGGCCUCAACAGAGAGAAACUACUGCAGGGGGAGAACAGCUGUGAAGAGAAUAAGUACAAGAUCUUGGAGAGUAAGAUUGAGUCAACGCUGAAGAAGACUCUGGAGAUCCGGGAGGAGAAAAUUCAUGGUCUGGAGUCUCGACUGGAGGAGUCUAGUAGUCUUAAUCAGCAGCUGCGCACUGAACUCAGCACCUUGAAGAAGACUCUGGAGGCUCUGAGACAGAGGCAGGAGGAGGAGACCCACUCACACAGCUCCACACUACAGGCUGCAGUUCAGGGUCAGGUCCAGGGCCACAGCCAGGGUCAGGAGAAGUGGGAGACAGUGACGAGAGAGGCCACCGCAGAGCUCCUCAAAUUCAAGGAUCGCCUCAUCGACAUAGAGAAGAACAAAGCAACCUUGCAGACAGAGAAGCACCUACUGAAAGAUCAGCUGAGACAGCUAGACAACCAGAACAGCCAGCUGAAUGCCCAGAAUGUGGCCCUACAAGGGCAGGCUGUAGCACUGCAGCAGCACAACACCUUCCUGCACAAACAGACAGCCAAACUACAGGUGGAGAACUCCACCCUCAACUGCCAGAGUGCAUCUCUCAUGGCCCAGAAUGCCGUACUGCAGGGCCAGGUGGGGGCUCUGGAGAGCGAGUCGGAGGCGUGGCAGCGGCAGCGGGAGGAAGCGUGGGUGGGUAGGGAGGGCGUGCUGCAGGACCACGAGCGCUUGCUGAGCGUUCACGAGAGACAGGCGGCGGAGUACGAGCAGCUCAUCACCCAACACGCCGCCCUGAAGGGCAACCAGAGAGCUCUGGAGAAGGAGCACCGUGCACUGGAGAACAAGUACAUAGUGCUGCUGAAGCAGAAAGAUGCCAUGGAGGCAGUGGAGUCCACCCUUCAGAAGGAGAGGGAGAGUGUAAGAGAGGAGAUCCACAAAAAUGCGCUGAUUCUGGGGGAGAACCAGAGUCUGAGGGGGGAGUUGGACCGGUUGACCCAGACUCACUCCCAACUGUGUGCGGAGUAUGACGGGCUGCAGGUGCAGACCAAGGAGUUGAAGACCCGACUGAACAGAGCUCAGCUGGAGUUGAACCGCUGGCAAGCCAGAUACAACUCGAUGAAGGAGCAGCACCAAGGCCUGGACAUCUCCAUGACCAAGCUGGACAACCACUGUGAGCUGCUGACCCGUCUGAAGGGGAACCUGGAGGAGGAGAACCACCACCUACUGAGUCAGAUCCAGAUGUUGAGCCAACAGAACCAGACCCUGCUGGAGAGAACCAUGGAGAGCAAGGAGCUCUACCACGAAGAGCAGAAACAGUACAUUGACAAGUUGAACUCGCUCCGGAGGCAGAAGGAGAAACUGGAGGAGAAGAUCAUGGAUCAGUACAAGUUUUAUGAUCCAUCUCCUAAAAAGAGGAACCAUUGGGCCGGGGCCAAGGCUCUGGCCAAACUCAUCAAGCCCAAGAACAGACAGGACAGCUCCAGGGAGAGGGUGCGGAGCGCCCCUGACAUUCCCCUGCCCGAACCUCCCACCUUGGACUUCCCUGACAUCCCCACCCCCACGCCUCCCCUUCCACUGCCCCCGCCAGUCCUGCCUCAGCCUGGACUCUGUAUGGAACCACUCUCUGGAGGAGAACCACCUUGGACAGGGACACUUCCCUGCCCUCACCCCCACCCCCACAUACUCCAGCAGAGUACCCCCAUUCCUUGCCCCAGCCCUGCCAGCAGUACCCCCUGUCACUGCAGCCAAGCGGUUUGGCUUUCUGAGGACAAGGAGCCAGGAGAAGCACUAAACGACAGUGGAGUGUCCAGAGGCAGGGAGCUGUUCCGUGCUUCAGGGGGCAGCAGAGAGGGUGUGAAUGGCACUGAGGAGCUGUACGCCAGACGGAGAGGUGUGGAGCUAGUGGGGGCUGCUGCUCACUCCAUCCCCGCCAACCACACCUCCACCUCAGGCCUGACACCCAGCUCCAGGCCUGGACGCAGGCCCAAAGGUUUCAUCUAUGAGGACGACUCUCGGGUUCACUCCCCUGAUGCUCAUCUUGUCCAUGGAAACGCAGGUUAUCGACCAGGCUCUGCUGAGCUCAGUCGCAACACCUCCAGCAGCAACUCCCCUGUCAACUGUAAAGAUUCCCUGGAGCACCUGCAGGACCGUUCUGCCAGUCUGUCCAGUGAUGACGUAGUGGGCCUUAGUCACGACGUGUCCCACUCCCUGACCCUCCCCUGGAGCGCCAUUGUCACUUACGACGCACACGCCCACACCCCGGUCCAGAGGAGUGCACCCCGGCCUGGCAGCCAUCGGACCUCCUCCCCUGGCAGCGAGAUGGUCACCUUGGAAGAGUUCCUGGAAGAGAGCAUCACCCUGUCACCACCCACUGUGCUGUCAGGCAGUCGGGAAGAUCUGGUGGCGGACUACUUCAACCCAUUAGAACAGAGAGAGAGAUCCACCCUUUGUCGGCCUUCUCCUCUGAGAGAUGGAGCCAAGACCCCCACCAGCUAUGUUACACCCACUGUGAAGAGAGACACAGACCUCCACCGGGCUGGUGAGGGGCCAGGCAGGACCUCCAAACCAGGCCAGUGUGUCAAGCCCAGUGUCCUGCUACAAGAGGGAUCCACCUCCAUGCCCCAGUCCCACUCACAGACCCUACCCAACCGGACCAGCAACGGGCUAGGGACAGGGGGGCGGCCUUUACCCCUGGGACCCUUUGCAACCUAUGGAGGAGGUCUGGGCAGCAGCAGUUUGUCUCGAACCUUCAGCCUGGCCUCCGCUGACCUGCUGCGCUCCAAUGGUCCAGGUAGGUCAGACAUGGAGGCAGGAGGCUCGCCCAGCCGAGGUGGUGGGGAUGGGGUGGUCAGGAGGCCUGGGGCUGGAGCCACGGCCAGGGAGCGCCCCCAGUCUGCCAGGUUAGCAGGACCCUUGGACAUCGACCCCCGCAGACUGUCUCUGGCUCCACCCAAAGAGGAACCUCUUAACCUGGCCCCUCCCCAGCACCACUCAUCCUCCCUGUCCCUGCAGCCCAAGUGCUACGGAGGGAGAACAACACCAGGCUCCACCCCCAGGAACAACAGCCCCAGCUCCGGACUGCAGCCACAAGGACAGCCCACCCGCCAGCAGAACCACUGUGGGGAGGUUGCCAUGUUGAGGGCAGCGCCGGCUCUGAGGCUGGAGGAGCCACAGGAGGGGGAUGCGAGGCUCCAGGCUGACUGCCCGCUGCUGAAGAAAACAGAGGUGGGGGGAGGAGGAGGGGGGCUGAGCUGCAGCACAGAGGAGCACCCCAGGAGCAACUCCGCCUCCCCAGACCCCAACAACGACCCUCAGACUGUAUGGUAUGAGUACGGCUGUGUCUAGGAGCCGUUAUUGUAGUGGCAGGCCUCAGUACUGUACACAAACUUUUCUUCCUGCUAAACCACAGGAUGCCUGGUCUGGCACCGCUAGGCUGGUCUUCACUGUACUGGACCACGUCCUUUCUGUUUCUGACCAUUUGAAACUUCCUAGCUGCUUUUAACGCUUCAUGAAGGAAAUUAUACCCCAAAGAGACCACCACACCACAGGGCGCUGUACCCAGCUGGCAACAUAUGGUUGAUUUGAUUUGCAUGACCAACACGUGGGCGUGGUACUUGGGACCGCCAGUGCCGCAGUUACAUUAACAUGUACAGGAAUGCUUUGAGGAAGGCAAAAGCACUAGAGAGAAAAAACAAAGAAAAAUACAUUCGUUGCUAUUGGACAACACUGGUUGCUCUAUGUGCACUGUAUGCACAGCACAGUGGGUCUGGCCCUGUCCAAUGAGUUCUAUUCUGAAUCUGAAAAACUAACAUUUUGGGGAAGGAAAGAAAGACCACUCCCAGAGUAAUUGCAUGGUAAGGUCUGUCCUCCAUCUUUAGGAGCUUGAGGACAGAUUGUUUAUCUCAACACAGCCUCAGUGACACAUUACUGGAAAUGGGUCAGCUCCCACUUUGAACAUGCUGUUUUCUGUUGCGUAUGUGGGUGACCCAAACUAUGGGCUUUUGCAUAUAUCUCAUCUCAAAAUGAAACUGGCUUGUGGGGAGCAUGUAAUUCAUCCCAUAUCUGUUUUUGUGUACGCGAGGCAGGACGAAACAGGCAGAUAUACCAUAGAGGGAGGGAACACCAGACUGACCAACUCAUGAAGAGAGACAAAGCAGGGCUUUUUGUAGCAAGAGGGGACCAUUUCUGGAGGAAAGGAUUGAGUGAGUUUAAGAUGAAGAAAGACAGAGAUUUGGAGAUGAUUGACAUAAUGGUGAUGAUGGACAGAGAGAAAUUAAGAAAGAUGAAUGAGAGUUUCAGAGACAUUGGUCAGGUUGAAGAAUUAAAAAAUGAUAUGUAAAAUGUUCUCCAUGACUAACCACCAUUAAUGCCCCAGAAAACUGAUCCCUAUACAAUAGAUGUGAUGUGCAGAAAAUACAUCUUAUUUUCCAAAUACAAUCCAAAGAUUGACAAGACAAGGAUGAAUAUGUAGAUGUGUCUGAAGACGGGAUACAUUUUUAUUACAGAAAGCUAAUCGAUGACAUUAAGACAAGAGGCUAUUAAAGGCGUCUUUUUAGUUUUUAAUUAUUGAUAGUGUUGGAAUUAUUACGUUUUGUAUAUAUAUUUUUACACCGCUACCCAGCUCUAAAAUGUCAGUAAGACUCAAUGUAUUUAUUAUGUUCCUCUCAAAUGACAAAACUAUGUCUGCGUGUUUGUGUUUUUAUCUUCUCACCUAAAUGAGUUUGUUGUGAAGUUGAGUGUGUGGUUCACUAAGGGUGGUGUCAUUUUGAAUUGUGCACAACCUCUCAUUCUCUUAAUGUAUUGAUGAGUUUUCUGUAUUAGUAAAAAGCCAGUGGAUAAAAAUCUCAUUAGACUCCUCUAUUAGGUAGACGACUAGUCCGUCUAUUAGACAUGUAUUAUAGUACAGUUGAAAUCAGAAGUGUCCAUACACUUAGGUUGGAGUCAUUAAAACUCAUUUUUCAACCACUCCACAAAUUUCUUGCUAACAAACUAUAGUUUUGGCAAGUCGGUUAGGACAUCUAAUUUGUGCAUAACACAAGCAAUUUUCCAACAAUUGUUUACAGACAGAUUAUUUAAUUUAUAAUUCACUGUAUCACAAUUCCAGUGGGACAGAGGUUUUUGAGUCAAUUGGAGGUAGGCCUUGAAAUACAUCCACAUCUUAAAACUCAGUGCCUCUUUACUUGACAUCAUGGAAAAAUCUAAAGAAAUCAGCCAAGACCUCAGAGAGAGAAAAAUUGUAGACCUCCACAAGUCUGGUUCAUCCUUGGGAGCAAUUUACAAAUGCCUGAAGGUACCACGUUCAUCUGUGCAAACAAUAGUACGCAAGUAUAAACACCAUGGGACCACGCAGCCGUCAUACCGCUCAGGAAGGAGACAUGUUCGGUCUUCUAGAGAUGAACGUACUUUGGUGCGAAAAGUGCAACUCGAUCCCAGAACAACAGCAAAGGACCAUGUGAAGAUGCUGGAGGAAACGGGUACAAAAGUAUCUAUAUCCACAGUAAAAUGAGUCCUAUAUAGACAUAACCUGAAAGGUGGCUUAGCAAGGAAGAAGCCACUGCUCACUACGGGUUACAACUGCACAUGCGGACAAAGAUUGUACUUUUUGGAGAAAUGUCCUCUGGUCUGAUGAAACACAAAUAGAACUGUUUGGCCGUAAUGACCAUCGUUAUGUUUGGAGGAAAAAGGGGGAGGCUUGCAAGCCGAAGAACACCAUCCCAGCCGUGAAGCACUGGGGUGGCAGCAUCAUGAUGUGGGGGUGCUUUGCUGCAGGAGGGACUGGUGCACUUCACAAAGUAGAUGGCAUCAUGAGAUGGGGAAAUUAUGUGGAUAUAUUGAAGCAACAUCUCAAGACAUCAGUCAGGAAGUUAAAGCUUGGUCGCAAAUGGGUCUUCUAAAUGGACAAUGACCCCAAGCAUACUUCCAAAGUUGUGGGAAAAUGGCUUAAGGACAACAAAGUCAAGGAAUUGAUGUGGCCAUCACAAAGCCUUGACCACAAUCCCAUAGAAAAUGCGUGGGCAAAAUAGAAAAGGCGUGUGCGAGCAAGGAGACAUACAAACAUGACUCAGUUACACCAGCUCUGUCAGGAGGAAUGGGCCACGAUUCACCCAACUUAUUGUGGGAAGCUUGUGGAAGGCUACCCAAAAUGUUUGACCCAAAACAAUUUAAAGGCAAUGCUACCAAAUGCUAAUUGAGUGUGUGUAAACUUCUGACCCACUGGGAAUGUGAUGAAAGAAAUAAAGCUGAAAUAAAUCACUAUUAUUAUUCUGAUAUUUGUUAAAUGUGGAAGACACAUUUCGGGUGAAUCCAUUCAGUUGUGGAACUGACUAGGUAUCCUCCUUUCUUGCCUCUCUUUUCUAUGCACAAUACGUGUUCCAUCACCAUGUGUUUUGUCCGACUGGUACGUUGGUUCUGUGUAUACUGUACAGUAGGUUAGAGAUUGGAGUUUGAUAAUCGUGACCAAACACUACUAAAAAAUGACUAGUUAUGACAGACCUACAAAACGUGCAAAGAUACUGAAAUUUAAAUAUUGCAGAUGUUUGUGAUUUUUUUUCAUAGGUUAAUGAAGAUGCAUAGACCUUUUUUUGUCCAAAAACAAUUGAAACCUUUUUCAAUAAAGUUUUGUAAAAUGUA